AUGGGAAUUGCUCAACAAAAACGUUGGGAAGAAUUGGAUCGUAUCCCAGCUGAAGGACUAUUGGAGCGUUAUGCGAACGGUCCACAAGCUCUCUACGAGUUGCUCCGAUGUACGGGAAUUCAAUACGGUCUGAGCAAGGAGGGCAGAAUUGGCGUCCCCAGCUGGAGGUUGGACUUGAAAAUUAAGAGGCAAACAAGGGAGGUGUUAGAAUCUUUAGAUAACCUGGCAACUGCAUCUAGCAAAUUCGCCUCGAUAAUUUGGUCCACAAGCAAGGGAGGAAUGACCCUUCACGAGUGCAUCAAAGAUUUGCUUUUGAUUGAGCUCGUUGCAUCUUGUGAUGAGCUACACUUGUUUACUUUUGCAGUUCUUCCGGGACAAUGA